CGGGACGGUUCCUGCGGGGAGCCGGCAGCAGCAGCAGGGGAGCAGCCGGAGCGUGCGGGACCCGCACAUCCCUGCCCGCAUCUCCAGCCGGGACCGCCCCCGGCUCCACAGCCGUGCCCCCAGGCCCUCCGCACGUUUGUGUUGAGCCCGGCGCCUUCCAUUCCUAGGGAAACCGGCGUGUCGGGAGAAGUUUCUGAGGGAGCCGCUCACCCCCAGCAGCCGCAGCAGCAGCAGCGGAGCCUCCAACAGCCGCCCCGCGCCGGGAUGCUCCCGCCCGGCUGAGCGCGCUUGGGCCAGUCAGCACGAUUAAAAAAAAACCCAAGAAAUGGAGUGUGCGGGCAGCGGCGCUGGCUGAGGGCCGGGCUGUGACAGUCCUCGGCGCCCCGCCGGCCGCGCAGCCCUGUUCCAUCCCCUUGGAUCAAUUUUCUCCCCAUUGGAACCAUCCCACCAGGACAGAGGAGCGGGCUUGUCCUCAUGGUGCCUUUGGAACUGCUCUGCUCGUGGAUACAGAGGGUUAGCUCUGGACGGCACAGUGAAAAACAAGUCAACAUCCAAAAUGCAAAGUGGAACCAUGCUGCUGGGAAUCUGAGAUGAAAGAGAACUAGAUUCUGAUGACCAUCUUGUCACUGUUGCUGUCACCUGUGUUGACAGGAUACAAAACCUUAACAUGCCUCGUAGCCCUACAUCAAGUGAAGAUGAAAUGGCACAAAGCUUCUCUGACUAUUCUGUUGAAUCUGAAUCAGACAGCUCCAAAGAAGAAACUAUUUAUGACACAAUUAGAGCAACUGCAGAAAAGCCAAGCAGCAGAAUGGAAGACAAUCAGAGCAACACUUUAGUGAUUCGAAUUAUCAUACCUGACUUGCAGCAAACGAAAUGCAUUCGAUUUAACCCAGAAGCUUCAGUGUGGGUUGCAAAGCAGCGGAUUUUGUGCACUUUGAACCAGAGUUUGAAAGAUGUCCUGAAUUAUGGACUGUUCCAGCCUGCAAGCAAUGGGAGAGAUGGGAAGUUUUUGGAUGAGGAGAGACUUCUGAGGGAAUACCCACAGCCAGUAAAUAAAGGAGUUCCUUCACUCGAGUUUUGCUACAAGAAAAGAGUGUACAGACAGUUCAAUCUCGAUGAAAAGCAGCUGGCCAAGCUUCACACCAAGGCCAAUUUGAAAAAAUUUAUGGAUCAUGUCCACCAUCUCUCUGUCGAAAAAAUGACCAAGAUGUUGGACAGAGGACUGGACCCAAACUAUCAUGACUUAGAAAGUGGAGAAACACCCCUAACUUUGGCAGCUCAGCUUGAUAACACAGUAGAAGUGAUAAAAGCCCUGAAAAAUGGAGGAGCACAUUUAGACUUCAGAGCCAAAGAUGGAAUGACAGCUCUGCACAAAGCAGCCAGAGCCAAGAACCAAGUAGCCCUCAAGACCCUUUUAGAGCUGGGAGCAUCUCCCAACUACAAGGACAGCUGUGGCCUGACCCCGCUGUACCACACAGCCGUGGUGGGAGGGGACCCUUUCUGCUGUGAGCUCUUACUCCAUGAACAUGCUACAGUCAGCUGCAAGGAUGAAAACGGAUGGCAAGAAAUUCAUCAGGCUUGCAGGUACGGACACGUCCAACACCUGGAGCACCUCCUGUUCUACGGCGCUGACAUGUGCGCGCAGAACGCCUCGGGGAACACGGCCCUGCACAUCUGUGCCCUCUACAACCAGGAGAGCUGUGCAAGGGUGCUGCUGUUCCGGGGAGCCAACAAGGAGAUCAAGAAUUACAACAGCCAGUCUCCAUUUCAGGUGGCUAUAAUAGCGGGAAAUUUUGAGCUUGCUGAAUACAUCAAGAAUCACAGGGAAGCUGAUAUUGGAUCCAGCUUCCCAUAUCCAAGUAGAAGUCCCUGGAAUCCAUUGCUGUCAGUGCCCUUUAGGGAGGUUCCCACCUACUCCAACAGGAGGAGGAGGCCUCCCAGCACCUUGGCAGCCCCCCGGAUCCUGCUCCGCUCCAACAGCGACAACAACCUGAACAUCAACAACCUCCCUGAGUGGUCAGCCUCCUCCUCUGCCUCUUCACACCGCAGCCUUUCCCCUCACCUGCUCCAACAGAUGCAGAAUAAUCCCAAUGGAACUGUAAAAACUGUGGGGAGUUACACUCCGUCCUCCCGGAGCCGCUCGCCCUCCCUCAACAGGCUGGGAGAGGAUGCCAAGAGGCAGCAGCACAGGCACAUCAGUGCCGUUUACAGUCCCAGUGCCAACAAAGAUACUCUGUCUGCCUUGGAUUAUCAGGGUCCCAAAAGGAAGCUCUACAGUGCUGUCCCUGGGAGACUUUUUAUUGUUGUAAAGCCAUAUCAACCUCAAGGGGAAGGGGAAAUUCACCUGCACAAAGGAGAUAGAGUCAAAGUGCUGAGCAUCGGAGAAGGUGGAUUCUGGGAAGGCAGCACCCGGGGACAUAUUGGCUGGUUUCCUGCAGAGUGUGUGGAAGAAGUCCAGUGCAAACCAAAUGAAAGCAAACCAGAAACACGAGCAGAUAGAACAAAGAAGCUGUUUAGACACUACACUGUUGGAUCCUAUGACAGCUUUGAUGCUUCAAGUGACUGCAUAAUAGAAGAAAAGGCAGUGGUCCUGCAGAAAAAAGACAAUGAAGGAUUUGGAUUUGUGCUCAGAGGGGCAAAAGCUGACACACCAAUUGAAGAAUUCACCCCAACUCCAGCCUUUCCUGCUUUGCAGUACUUGGAAUCUGUGGAUGAAGGGGGAGUAGCAUGGCAAGCUGGCCUGAGAACUGGAGACUUUUUGAUCGAGGUUAACAAUGAGAAUGUAGUGAAAGUUGGCCACAGGCAGGUGGUGAACAUGAUUCGACAGGGGGGCAAUCACCUCGUGCUGAAGGUUGUCACAGUAACCAGGAAUCUUGAUCCAGAUGACACAGCAAGGAAGAAAGCCCCACCACCUCCUAAGCGAGCUCCAACCACUGCACUGACCCUGCGCUCUAAGUCCAUGACCUCAGAGCUUGAAGAGCUUGAUAAGGUGGAUGAAAUAGUGCCAGUUUCCAAGCCAUCAAGAAUUGCAGACAAUGCAACUGUGGACUCCAGAGUGGCAACUAUAAAACAGCGGCCUUCUAGUAGAUGUUUUCCCUCAGCUACAGAUAUGAAUUCCAUGUAUGAGAGACAGGGUAUUGCUGUGAUGACACCCACUGUCCCAGGGAGCCCUCAAGGUCCUUUUCUGGGUAUACCUCGGGGUACAAUGAGAAGACAAAAAUCUAUAGGAAUAACGGAGGAAGAGCGGCAGUUUCUGGCCCCUCCUAUGCUGAAGUUUACCAGGAGUCUUUCAAUGCCUGACACCUCUGAAGAUAUCCCACCGCCACCACAGUCCUUACCUCCCUCUCCACCGCCACCUUCCCCCUCUCUGUACAACUCCCCCAAAUCCCUGACAUCCCGGAGCUAUGGAACGAUCAAACCUCCAUUUAACCAGAAUUCAGGUGCAAAAAUCUCUUUGGUUAGGCCCGAGAGCGUGGGGACGAUGAUAAGGGACAAAGGGAUCUAUUACCGGCGGGAGCUGGACCGGUACUCCCUGGACUCGGAAGACCUGUACAACCGGAGUGCUGCAGCUCAGGCCAAUUUCAGGAGCAAGAGGGGCCAGAUGCCGGAAAACCCCUAUUCCGAGGUUGGGAAGAUUGCCAGCAAAGCCGUUUACGUGCCGGCCAAGCCAGCCAGGAGGAAGGGGAUGCUGGUGAAACAAUCCAAUGUGGAGGACAGUCCAGAAAAGACCUGCUCUAUUCCAAUCCCAACCAUCAUCGUCAAAGAGCCAUCCACCAGCAGCAGCGGGAAAAGCAGCCAAGGGAGCAGUAUGGAGAUCGAUCCUCAGUCUUCGGAGCAGCCUGGACAGCUCCGGCCUGACGACAGCUUGGGAGUCAGCAGCCCGUUCGCAGCAGCCAUCGCAGGGGCCGUGAGGGACAGGGAAAAGAGGCUGGAGGCGAGACGCAAUUCCCCGGCCUUCCUCUCCACAGACCUGGGAGACGAGGACGUUGGAUUAACCCCACCAACACCACGGAUGAGGCAGUCCAAGUUCACCGAGGAGGCAAUGUUCAGCAGCGAGGAUGGUUUCAGACAGCUCAUGUCGCCAUCUCCGAUCCCCACCCCCAGGGAGCCUGAAAACCUUUUCAACAGCAGCGAGCCCAGCAGCCAGAGCGACUCAAGGACAUUGAAUGCUCCGUCCAAAACGAAAGGCACUGACAACAGUAUGGUAGCAGCCAAGCCCACGAGUGCUCCUGGCUCAGAUAGCUACGUCCACCCGGUCACAGGGAAGCUGUUGGAUCCAAACUCUCCACUUGCCCUCGCGCUCUCUGCCAGGGACAGAGCCAUGAAAGAGCAGACACAGCAGAUUCCAGGCAAAGGGGAUGCAGUCAAAACUGACCUUAACAAACCGCUUUACAUCGACACCAAGCUGAGACCCAACAUGGAAACAACUUUUCCUGUUACUGCCACUGUCACCAGGCAAAAUACCCGCGGCCUGUUGAGACGGCAGGAGACUGAGAACAAGUACGAGAUGGAUGCAGGGAAAGAAAAGAAAGCUGAGGAGAAGAAGAACAUGUUGAUAAACAUCGUGGAUACCUCGCAGCAAAAAUCAGCUGGCUUGUUGAUGGUGCACACAGUGGAUACGGCGAAGUCGGAUGAUAUGCCCGAGGAUGAGGAGGAAAAGGGAGCUGAGAUGGAGCCGAGCCCUGAAAACUCCCCGCCAGAGAGGCCAGAGGGCAGCGAGGAAGCGGAGAGCGAGCUGAGCGUCCCUGUGGCGUCCGAGCCCCCGGCUUCUCCCUGCAAAACCAUCGUGGCCGCCAGCUCUGUGGACGAUCCUGUCAUCCUGCCUUUCCGCAUUCCCCCGCCGCCCCUGGCCUCAGUGGACAUCGAUGAGGAGUUCCUGUUCACUGAGCCACUGCCCCCUCCCUUGGAGUUUGCCAACAGCUUCGACAUCCCCGACGACCGCGCGGUGCCCGGCUCAGCACUGACAGACCUGAUGGCGCAGCGGAAGAACGGCACCCCUUCGCCCAGCCAGCCAGCAAACUCCUUGGACGGCAAAAAGCAAGUGGGUCUCUCAAACUGUUUGCCUGCAUCCUUCCUGCCACCCCCCGACAGCUUCGACAACGUCGCCGACUCUGGGAUCGAGGAGGUUGACAGUCGGAGCAGCAGUGACCAUCACCUAGAGACAACCAGCACUAUCUCAACGGUGUCCAGCAUCUCUACCUUAUCCUCGGAAGGGGGGGAGAACGUGGAUACUUGUACAGUCUAUGCAGAUGGGCAAACAUUUCUGGUGGACAAACCCCCAGUACCUCCUAAGCCAAAAAUGAAGCCCAUAAUCAACAAAAGCAAUGCACUUUACAAGGACGCGCUGAUCGAGGAAACUGUAGACAGCUUUGUGAUCCCUCCUCCCGCUCCGCCCCCGCCUCCCAUCAGUGCCCAGCCCAACCUGGCGAAAGCUGUCCCCCAAAGGACAUCCAAGCUUUGGGGGGACGUGCCGGAGGUGAAAAGCCCGAUUCUCUCAGGCCCCAAGGCUAAUGUCAUUAGUGAAUUGAACUCAAUACUCCAGCAAAUGAACAGAGAGAAAUCCUCAAAGCCAGGGGAGGGAUUGGAGUCGCCGACUGGAACGAAAACUGCGAGUCUUAGUACAAGGAGCACGGAAGUCAUGAGUACUGUCUCAGGUACACGAAGUACAACAAUCACUUUCACUGUCCGACCCGGAGCCAGCCAGCCGAUCACACUGCAGAGCAGGUCCCCAGACUAUGACAGCAGGACCUCAGGAGCAAGGCACGCUCCCAGCCCUGUGGUUUCACCAACAGAGAUUAAUAAAGACAUCCUGCCUGCUCCUCUGACUGCUUCUGCUUCAGCCUCAUCUCCUUCUCCAACUCUGUCCGAUGUAUUUAGCCUACCCAGCCAGCCCCCUUCUGGGGACUUAUUUGGCUUGACCACAGGGCGCAGCAGGUCUCCUUCUCCCUCCAUAUUACAACAGCCAAUCUCAAAUAAGCCUUUUACAACUAAGCCUGUCCACCUGUGGACUAAACCAGAUGUGGCAGAUUGGUUGGAAAGUCUAAACUUAGGUGAACAUAAAGAAACAUUUAUGGACAAUGAAAUAGAUGGCACACAUUUACCAAAUCUACAGAAGGAAGAUCUGAUAGACCUUGGAGUGACUAGAGUUGGGCACAGAAUGAACAUAGAAAGAGCUUUGAAGCAGCUGCUGGACAGAUAAGAAUAGCUAUCUUGCCUCACAAACUUCUGUUGAUAACUAGAGAUGGGCUGGUACUGACAUACCCCAAAUGCCUUGUCUGUCUGUGAGUGCCAGCAAAAUUGGGGGGGAGGGGGAAAACAGAUGAAUUCCUGGUACUCAGGAGAUGUAAACUGUCUGCUACAUGCCCAAACACAAACCUAAAGAUGCUAAAGAAGUGGGGCCAUUUUAUUUCAAAGCUAUGGGGAGACGUGAGAGAGAGACAAUUGUUAACUUUUAAACUCUUGAUACUGCCCUUGGCUGGGACCGUUGCGUGACGAUUUUCUUUUAAACUUGCAAACAUUUCAGGGUUUCUUUUACUGACAGAAAAAAAACAUUGCAUUUUAUUUUAUUCUCUCCUUGACAUUCAGUCUCCAAGCAGGCUUACUUGCCCAGCCCUUGGUUCAUUUUAAGAGGACAGGUUGCUCCAUUACCACUCAAACCCAGUUUUAUCAGUAGCAGGGAUAUUGAGGCAGGCACUGGAGUUCAUAUUCCUCUUUUUUUACUGGCAUAGCUCCCUGAUCUGUUGGCAGUGAAGCUGGUUGUUCUGCUGGGGUCAGUCCAAUGGUAACCUUGCUCUGUUUUACCUAGUAUUUCUUUAUUUCUGCAGUGGUAUUUAGCACUCUUCCAAGGUGGCAGAACAAGUUCAGUGUACGCUCCAUUGACGUGGCCUCUAGGAUGGUGCAGAUGUUGAGUAAAGGCUGAGGAGGGACCACGCUUUGGGGUACAGCAAAGUGAAGCUAGUUUGAACCUGAGACACGCCCCCCCCUCCAAGUUCUCAACCAGCUCAGCUGAUGCUGAGUCAAAAUAUGAACUCCACAAGCCAGGACAAACUUUGGGCACAGCUUUGGGACUUGGCAGUGAGACACUGAGAGAGGCUGAGCCUGAGAGGUGCUGCUUAAUUCAGUGAGUGGUAAGUGCCUGGGUAUUUUGAACAGCAGGCUGAGAAGAAAGGAGAAGAGAGAUGAAUGUUCCCAUUGAAGUCAGUGGGAAGUGUGCCAGGAUCUGAAGUGAGAGAGGGAUUUCAGCCUGUUAGGAUGGAAAUGCUUCAGAUCCUCGAGAGGAGGCAGAGAGGUGAUGCCAAGAUGGAAAGAGCUGUCGAGUGUCUGGGGGUGCGUGCCUUCUGAGAGCCAGGAGGGCUGGGGAGGGAUCCAGGCUCUCAUUUUAUCACUGCUGGCAGGAACUGGCUCUGGACAAGGACAGAGGGCCGGGCACUGGCCCCCAGCCCAUUCCUUGGCACGAGAGGUGGGAGCACCCUGCCAGAAUCCAGGGCUGGGAGUGGGGCAGACAGAACUUUCCGGGAGACUUCCGUCAGCAGGGGAGAAACACCCAUGGCUGGUUCACACGGCUUUGUUUAAAAAAAAAAAAAAAAUUAAUAUUUAUUUUUUUCAACUUUCAAGUUAACAAGUCUCUCUCUGCAUGUUUGAACUCCCCCUUGUAAUUAACACCUCUGAAUAUCUGUGAGUUUUGUAGGACUUUCUGGACAGAAUAUUCAAGAUGUUCAAGGUGGGUAAAUUGGGUGUGGAUGGCUAAACUGCCUCCCUACCAAACUUUCAGGUUCCCUUACAUUUUGCGAGGUACCUGAACUUUCUUUCCUUGAUAUGGUCCUUGAUAUGGUCCAGCCUAUCUCUAAUUUUUUUAUUAUUGUGAUUAUUUUUUGCUCACAAACAAGUGUCUAAUUAGGUCUGCAACAGCCCUAGUAUGAGUACAUAAAGUUUAGCAUUUUAAAUAUCUUUCUUUACUGCAAGUUUAAAUAGUUGUACAGAUAGUUUAUAAGCACAAUAUUUUAAGAAAAUAAGUGGCUGGUCUACUGGGCAGCCUUUGUGCCACUUCAGUGCUAGGAAGUUAAAAACAGAAAAAAAAACAAACAAAAAAAAAAGAAAAAAAAAACUUUUUGUGGUUUACUACUAUUUCUGUGGAAUAAUUAUAAAGUCUUGACCUUUUUAAAAUCAACCUCAUUUGGAUGCAUCUGAACCAGCAGAGCUGUGUUAUAUUUUCUAUCUUUGCUAGAACUUCUACAGAGGAGGAUGAAUAUUUCUUCAAAAGUGGUUACAGUUACCAACGCAUUGGAAACUCAUAAAAAUCAACUUAUUUAAGCCUCCUGCCCCCUUUAUGGAACAGCAAAUCUUUUGACUUAACAUCUGUUACUGCUCUCUGUUUGUACUUGGGGAGUUCCAAGGAGCCUUGACACAAAAACGAAGCACUGAGGCGUUUUGCUGUUGAGGAGUGCUGAGUUUUUCCAUGGGAGGUGUAGAAAAUGGCAGUUCCACUCAGAUAGGUCGAUGCAGGCAACGUGAGGCCAUCACACACUUUAAGAAGUGAAAAAAAAAAAAGAAAAGGUAAUUUAGCCAUCUUUUGUCUUCCAUUUGGUGAUACGACAGAAUUCAGUAAAUAAACCACUGAUGCCAUGCUCUCUCUUUUUUUUUUAAGUUUUUUUUUUGUUUGUUUCUUUGGGUACAGUUGCUAUUACCUCUAUAACACGUGCCAGAAAUACGUUAGGAAAUAAAUAUAGUAGUAAAAUAAAAAAACGUAGAAGUUGACUUUUAAAGCUGCUUUUUUUGGAUCACAACCUUCCUGUUGGUUGAACCUGCCCUGAGCAAGGCUGACACACCCAGUAACUCCCAGGUGGGACCGUCCCUUCCUCACACAGGUGUGGCUCCUGCUCGGGCAUCUCUUCAGGUACUCCAAGAGCAGGUACUAAACGAGCAGAAGAAAGAGCUGUAAGGGAAUAGUUUUAUUUUUCACCUUGUGUCCUGUGAAGCAAAAAGGUAAGGAGACCUGAGGGGACCUACUUGGACCACCCAGAAUGCACCUCUGCCAAGUCGAGUUCGGUCUCCAGCUCUGAGGGGUGGUUUGAAACAAAAAAAAGAAAGCAAUAGUAACAGAUAACACCGUGGCCUCCGAGUAUUUUCACCAGGGGGGAGGAGAGAAGACCCAUUUCUUUCAUGCUACUCUGAUAGUGAAAAACAAAGUCAUUAGAGAUCUAUGAUAUUCUGGGUUUUAGGAUCAACUUUUGUUUAUAUACUGUAAUUUAAAUAAAUUGCAUUUACAUGCCUAGUUUCUGUAAUAUUUGUGUAUACAAUACCAAAAUCUUACAAGAUGUAAAUUGUGUAUAACUGCACAGACUCCUUGCCCUAGGUGUCUGAGAACAUUUUAAGUUUAAUUCAUAUAUUAUAAAAUGACUAGAUGUGACUGUUGAUUUACAGAAUUUACAUAUCACAAAGAAGUUAAUUAUUUGUGGUACUUAAGUUAAUAAAAAAUAGUGGUUUUUUUUUUCUUUUCUUCUCAGUUCUUAGAAAGCAUUACCCAGUUGAUCUGGCGAUGAUUAUGUGUAUGAGCCACAAAUAUUGAUAAUUUUUCCAUUACAUUUUUUUCUUUUCUUUUCUAAAUACUAAUAUGUUUCUCGCUAUAGUUUGUGUAACAACUUGUGUUCACGUUAUCUAUGUUGCUGUAAUUUUUGUGCUUUAAUUCCUCUUAUUUCGACUGAUUACAAAAAAAAAAAUCAAGCUCCUGUAACUUGCACUUUUCCCCAAUCCUUAAUACUCUUGUAUGGCAACCAAAAUUACUGUAAGAAAUAAAUAUAAUAUUGCACUAAGGGUGUGGUUCUGAUUGCAAACAGAGAACACUGUCUGGAUUUUUAUUAAAAAAGAAAAAAAAAAUAAGUUGCCAAAAAUAUUUGCAAUUUGUUAUUGAAAAUGCAUAAAAUGCUUUAACAAAAUGUAGGUAGAGCUAAGGGAAAUUUAUUUAUUAAUUGUUGGGAAAAGCAUUUCCUGUUUAUUCCUUUUUUUUGGGGGGGGUUGUUUUUUUUUGUUUUUUUUUUUUUUUUUGUUUUUUUGGUUUUUUUUUGUUAAAGCAUUCCUUAUGCCGAAUGUUCUGUUCAUUUACUGAAUUUCAGGGUUCACGCUUGAAAUCUGGAAAAGCAGGAAACUUUGAAGGGGACAGGUAGAAAACUGCAUUACCUGGUUUGUUUUUUUGUUUUUUUGGUUUUUUUUGCCUUAAGGUGGAACUCCGAAAUGUGUGGAAUGUUCUUUGUUCAGAGAACGCACGCCCUGAGCUUCAGUGCUGCUGCUGCUCUGCCAUUUCACGGGCACUGAAAAGUUUGGGGGUUUGGGGAUUUUAUUUUUAUUUGGGGCUGGGGUUCCUCGGGGGCAGAGCAGUUGUGCAGAGGGGAGGAGGGAACAGCGCUCCUUGUCCGACUUUGUGCAUCUUGUGACUUUGAAAUCUGUACCAGCGGGCUCUGUUUGUACUGUGAAUAAACAAGGCUGCAAAUGGAAAAAAAACCAAUCAAACAAAAAAAAUCAAAAAAACGAGGAAACAAUUCUCAUCUUCUUUUGGCUUAAGUUAAAGAUUUGUUUUUCUAUCUUUAAAUGGUGAUGCAAUUAAGAGUAUUUUUAUUUUAAUUUUCUAAGAUAUUGGAAUAAAUGCCUAGAACCGUUGCCAUUUGGUUUCAUACGUUCCUUAACUAUGACUCUCUUCUCAGCUGUCGUUCUAGCUCAUUAUUUUUGUAGCCCCCUGUUAUUAUUUCGCUCAUGAUUUCCCAACAACAAUUACUUGGCAGCUUUGUUUUGUUAAAAACAUAAACUAGAACCAGCCUGUUUGGGUUUUUUUUAUUUACUUAUUUCAGGUAUUGUGGCAAACAUCUGUGUAUCCAAAUAAAGUCAGGUAUUUCCAGUGCAAAACAAAGAAUGCUUUGCAAUUGUCACUGCUUGUUGGCCAAAGAAAUGAGAAGAGUUGAUCAUUGCUGUCAUUGUGUACAUUGUAUCAAUGUGUUCUGCUUUAUUCUUUGGUUUCUGUAUUUUUUUUCUGUAUUUUUUUCCGUAUUUUUUUUCCUGUAUUUUCCUGCAUUUCGUGGACUUUCAUCCCCUCUGUCCUUGGCUGGGCCACCCAGAGUAGCACGAGUGUAACAACGCUUCAGAAUGUGUGUUUUUUAAAAAAAAAAAGACAAAAACAAAACAACAAAAAAAUUGUAUGUGCCUUAUAAUUUUCCACCUGGAUCAGCUACACUGUAUUUCACAUAAAAAGCUUUAUCUUCAAGGUGUUCAGUACCUGACAAACAGGGAGUGCUGGGGCUGGAGGGAGUUCCGUGUCACUGCUUUAGGAAACGCUGAGGAGCUGCAGUGAUUCAGACCUUAUCUCGCCACAUUUUUGGCAUUGUGAGCCUGAUUUCAAGUCUUCUAUUCAAAUCAGGCAAGCAAGAGGGGGAAAAGAAAUGAGAUGAGACUGUUAUUUUGGGUUCAGUUCACUGCCAUAAAUCCUGGGUGGUUGGUACAAUUGACAUGGGCUGUGUUUCACAGACGAGGUAACGAUGAUAAAUAAAUAAACCAAGUGGACUUGGUGCCAUUAAGUCUGCCACAAACUGGUUCUGUGCCACUGACAUCUAGUGGAACCUGAUGGACACUGUCUCAGAGCAAUAUCAGACCUUUAAAGAUAUUUAUUUAUUUAUUUACUUUCAACUACUGUCAUUCUUUCUACAAUAAGCCGUUUUAGAAAAUUUUGUAUUGCUGUUAUUUAGGUUGGCCUGAGUAUUUAGGCCUUCAGUACUUUACAGAAAGGCUGACUGUAUAAUUACACAAAUUAUACACGAGUGAGAAGUCUUUAAUGUGUUUUCUGGUCUCUCUGUGCUUAUGUUUUCUCAGUUUUCUGUUUUGAACGUCAGCAUCUCCAUGUGAUACUUCAUUUGCAUCCGGCAUGGUUUUUAAUGGGAAUAUAGGUUUUGUCUCCAGUACUGUAAACCUUGGACUGUUUUGAACCAUUUCUGACACUACAACCUGAUGAACAACAUCCUGCUCAGCUCCAAAUUGUGGGAGAAAAAAAAAAAAAAGUGAGUUUUGAGGUUGGGAAGCAGUUCAGAACAGCUGAGGGGGGAUUUCCCUGAUGUGCUUGCAGUGCUGAAGUUUGGUUUCUCCAAUAAAAUUCCAGUUGUUUUUUUCCUCAGGACUGAUGCCAGGAGGAAUCCGUGCACGUGUGUGUGAGUUCUUGUACGCUUUCAAUGUAAAGGUCCUUGGGCAGCCUUAGAAAACAAUGUACAGAUAGGACACCAGUGUUGCAUGUGCUUAAACCUGUACUGGAAUCAAUGUCGCCGUGUACCUGUUUGCUUUGGAAAUCUGAAGAGAAUACAAUAUACAGAAACCUCAAAAUCUA